AUGAGUUCAGGUGAGAAAUGCUACGAACUUUACAAAAUUUCGGAAAGCUCCCCCGAAUUCGACGCCUACUUGACACGGGUGCAGUCAUUGGCCUUGUGGUACAUCGAUGCAGCUCAAUACACAGACAACAGUGAUCCAUUGUGGUUUCAUUACUUCUUAUUGGAGUCACGAGCACAUGAAGCUGGAGACGGGUCCCGUGCAUACUCUCUUGCUGGAUAUGCUUCAUUGUAUAGGUUUUAUGCACAUCCGGAUAGAGUGAGACCUCGUAUAGCGCAAAUCAUGCUUCUUCCUCCUUACAGGAAAAGUGGACUGGGUGCAAAACUGCUGGACGCUAUCUACAAAGAUCUGUGCUCAAUGAAAGAGGUGCUAGACGUGACAGCUGAGGAUCCUGCUGAUAACUUCGUUUAUCUACGAGACUACGUCGACUGUAUAAAUUGCUCAAAACUUCCUGAGUUCGAUCCGUGUAACCUUAAAAAGGGAUUCACUGAGGAAAUGCGACUAGCUGCAUUAAAUAAGCUGAAAAUAACCAAGCGUCAGUCACGUCGAGUUUAUGAAAUUUUACGCCUCAAAUGCACGAAUAUGAAGGAUGCUGUAGAAGCGAAGGAGUAUAGAUUGGAUGUGAAGAGAAGGUUUGUUGAAGUUUAUGUCUUGACGGUCAAAUUCCGUGGAAGUAGGAUCACUGGAUUUUGUAGACUCGAGGCCCCCAUGAGAAGAAAUGAACGAGACUGGAAAAAGAUACAGCGUGCUCUUGAUGACAAUGAAUAUGCUCAGUGUAUUGCUAUCUAUCAAAGGGGUUCAGUGAGAAUCGUAAAAUUUGCGUUUUGGAGGAGAAUGGACGAGUUCUCAUUCCCCUUCCCUCCCUACAACAUUCAACUCGACCUUAUGAGAGAAAUAAAGGAGUGCAUUGAGAAGCAGCAGGUUGGAAUUUUCGAAUCUCCUACAGGAACAGGUAAAUCGUUGAGUGUCCUCUGUGCAACAAUGACCUGGCUAGAAGAGUUUGAGAAGAGAACUGAAGAAGAGUUAGAGAAGGAAUCGCGCCUCACGGAGGAGGUUAGCGAUGAUGGAGACUGGAUUUCGGCUCACAAGAAAAAGCUGGAAAUAAUGAAGAUCAAGGAUGAAGCGUAUGAGAAACUGAAAGUGCUGGAGAAGGUCAAGGAAAAGAUAUACCAAGCAAGAGCCGGUGUCAUAAAGCGAGAUCGGAAGCGUCGUCUACGCGAUGAGGGUAUUACAGAAGAACAUGAAUCGGAAAACGAUGCUAUAGGCGGUGCGUUUAUUUCGAUAACACAGCUCCUGAAGAAUAUGUUUCCGAUGAUGAAGCCGAAGCGAAGCCUGAAGAACCUCUAA